ACCAUGGUACCCCCGUGCCGGCGCGGCGCAGUUCCGGAGAUGUCCCUGCUGUGACUGGACGCACCAUGAGCAUCUGGGAGCUGCUCCUGGCUUUCCUGGUGGUGCUGCUGAUGCUCGUGGCCCUGCUGGCCAACGUGCUGGUGCUGAUGUGCUUCCUGUACAGCGCCGACAUCCGCAAGCAGGUGCCGGGAUUGUUCAUCCUCAAUCUCACCUUCUGCAACCUGUUGAUGGCCGUCUCCAGCAUGCCCCUGACCCUGGCUGGGAUCAUUUACAAAAGUCAGCCGGCGGGAGAUCAGGUCUGCCACGCUGUGGGCUUCCUGGAGACUUUCCUCACCACCAGCUCCAUGCUGAGCAUGGCAGCUUUGAGCAUUGACAGGUGGAUUGCUGUGGUCUUCCCUCUAAGCUACCACUCCAAGAUGAGGUACCGGGACGCCGCUCUCAUUCUCAGCUACACGUGGUUGCACUCGGCGUCCUUCCCCAUAGUGGCAGCUUCUCUCUCCUGGCUGGGUUUCCAUCACCUCUACGCCUCCUGCACGCUCUGCAACAAGAGACCGGAGGAUAGGACACAGUUUGUGAUUUUCACUGGGGUCUUUCACGCCCUCAGCUUCCUCCUCUCCCUGGUAGUGCUGUGUUUCACCUAUCUCAAAGUGCUGAAGGUGGCACGGUUCCACUGCAAGCGCAUCGACGUGAUCACGAUGCAGACCCUGGUGCUGCUCGUGGACAUCCAUCCCAGCGUGCGCGAGCGCUGUCUCGAGGAGCAGAGGAGGCGGCGGCAGCGGGCGACCAAGAAAAUCAGUACCUUCAUUGGUACCUUCAUCCUUUGCUUUGCACCUUAUGUAAUCACAAGACUCGUUGAAUUAUCCUCGGUGGUCCACAUCAACUCCCACUGGGGGAUCAUCUCCAAGUGCUUGGCUUACAGCAAAGCUGUUUCAGACCCUUUUGUGUACUCUUUGCUGCGGCACCAGUACAAGAAGACGUGGAAGGACAUCCUAAACAAGAUCCUCAAGAGGAGCUCCAUCAACUCCUCGGCGCUGGCGGGCGAGCCGCACAGCCGGAACCUCCCGCCGCUCAACGAAUGAGGAGCUGGCACGGCCCCUGCCAAGGGAUAUUUGGGAAACCACAGCAACUGGCCCACCCCUAGUAGCUCCCCUCAGCUGCCCAGGUUUUGGGAGGCAGCUGUGGGCAGGGUGAAGCCCAGAGCGUGUCCCUCCAGCAGCCCGUGGCUGCUCUGGACCUCCUCCCCGCGACUGGAAGAGCGCUAUUGAUCCGUGGUCCUGCAGGCUCCACAAAUACAAAUCUCCCAUUGAUUUCCAUCAGCUGCUGCAUUUAUAGAUAAAAAAUCCAGUCCUACAUGAAGGUAAUGGGAGCAAACUGCUGCUGGUGUAAGGUUGUUCUGAAAAGCUGCACAGGGAUGUUUGUGCUGUGUUUGGCGUUCGCUGCAGGUGAAGCUCCUUCUGAUGUAGCUGCCAACGUGGCUUUACAAAAACCACCACCCACCCUAGUGGCUUGUUUGUAGAAACAAAGGUUGUUUGAAGAAAAUAGAGGUUGUUUGUAGAAAAUAUCUUAAUGGGAAAAAACCUAAAAAAAAUCUAAAUAUUCAUCCAGCGCCCAACACAGUUCAGCCUUUUCUGACAUAUAUUUUAGGAAGAAUCCCAUAGAAUUGAAGGAAGAGAAAAACUACUUUUGGAGUGUGCUGGAUUCAGCUAUGUCUUCUCUAAAUUUUAGAAGUUAUUUACAUAGAAUCUCUCUAAUGUUCUCCCCAUUAAAUUUCAGGAAGAUACAAAUGGUAGACAGGGUGGAAAGGUCAGGAUGCCUCCUGCCUCCCUUCCAUAUAUCUGAGCUCUGAGUAGCUGGAUUUUGCCCAAAGCUGCAGAUCUGGGCCCUGUGCCCAGGAGGAAAAUAACAAAUCUCUUUUUCUGAGGAGUUAUUAAUCAUGGGGCUUUUUCCUACUUAAAGGAAAGAUGAGCCUAAGUCUGAGUUUCAAGUAUAAUUUCCAAAGUAAGUGGAGCACAAAUAAUAGGCCCCCCUCUCCGCCAUGAAAGUGGAGCCAAUAAUCUGAAUCCACCCCUGAAUGUGCAAAUCUCUGGAGGUGUCAGUACAAAUCUUCAUAGCUCUGGAUUGCAGUUCUGCAUAGGAACAUUAUUAACAUUUACCAUGCACUCAGAUGCCUGCCCAGAUUUUAAAAUAGGCUUGGUUAAUUAGGCUUCAUGAAUGCAAUGGCAGCUUCAAUAACAGCUGGCACAACUGGCUGCACUGCCAUGCAUCCCUGCUCAUAUCCCAACUGUCAAUGCCAUUCUGAGGAAAUAAGUCCUCAAGUUGUAAAAAAUGUGGGAUUACUUUUUAGUUGCCACCUUCUCUUAUGCAAAAGAAGAGCUUGGUGUGUUGCAAAAAAUGUCCACUGUUGAAUUUUCUGGCCUCUGAUUCAAAUCCCAGAUAAGGGACUCAGUGAGAGGCUUCACCCCAGAGUCAGUGAAUGUCAUACCUCAGUUAUUAUCUGAAGAUUAUUAGCUACCAUGUAAAUUUUUAAAAAAUCAGCUUAAUCCUUAAUUUCAGUUAUAAAAAUACCAUAAUUACAAUAAAAUCCACAUUAUAGCCACAGAAUUUAAGAAGCUUUUAAAACACUGCAUUCAAAUGAGCCCUUAGCCAGAUUAAAUAGUCUACCUCAUCUUAAUCAUUUUGCUUCUUAGGCUUAAUGUAAUUUUCUCAGGUGCAAUAGAUAAAAACACCCAGUUCAAUACUUAUUUCUUAAGAAAUUCAAGACAUAUUGAUGAUUAGAUUGUAUUGGAAUACAGGAUGUUAGCAAGUUGAAUAGUAUUGAAUUUAAAAAGAUAAAAAAGCUCUAUAUUGAGCAUGUUUGACUUAAAUUGCACCAGGAAAGGCCACAGCUGCUGUAAACUUACACAUGGAGCUGAUGCCAAAGCCAAUGGGAGGUUUGUAUGUCAAUAAGGGCAGCUCCAGAAAUAUUUAAACCUUCAAAUUCAAAGAGAGUAAGCUAAUUUCCCAGGAGAAAAAAAAGCAUAAUCCAUUUAGGACGUCUAGUAAAAGAUGGAGAAUACAGCACUGGACUUGUCUCAUUAUGCUUGUGUAUCACAGUCAGUCACUGGCUGAUUUAUAUCCCACCAUGAGCAAUAAAUCUCUCCCCUUGUAUGUGUUUAAAAAUUUGUCUCUCUUUCAUGGUGCCUUUCUCUCCUAAUUAAUCUUAUAACAGAGAAUAGAUAUGAUUUCCCCUUCCUUGCAUCAGCUCUCUGUCAUGUUUUGACCAUCUGAAGCAAGCAGGAGUUGUAAAUGCUGGUGCUUGACAAACUGCCUCAGUACACGAAAUAAAAACACCACCCCAGCAUUUCCUGAUGACAUUUUAUAGGAUACUCAAAAUAUGAUGCUGUGGCUUGUUCAGUGCUAGAUUUUCAGCUGAAUUCUCAUAGGCAACUGGCAAAAUUGUCUAAAAUGUGUGUCUCGGUGAUGAAUGUAGAUAUGAGUAACUAUCUGUCUGCUGAGUAUUAUAUGUACUACACAACACUCUGGCUGGAGUGGGUUAAAAUCCUGCUGGUAAAUGUAAUGCACAGUAUUUAUUAUCUCUGCUCACCAAGCAGAGCUGUUCUCUUGUCUAACACACGUGUGUGCAAGGAGGGGGAGGGGGGGUGGGGGGAAUUUCCACUUGUUACUUCAAUAUUUUUGAAAAAGUUUUGUCAAGUUUGGCUGCAACCUGUGCCCAAAAUCUGGAGCUGCAUGUGCAAAAUCUGGGCAGCUGCUUAGGCAAUGUGCAGUUUUCUGUUUGUUGUAUCUGUGACCCAUCUGCAAUAUCUACUCCUCACACGCAUGUUCAAUUAACAUUUCCUUCAGAGCUUGUGAAUUUGGCAGGCAGAGCACUGGCAGAUGAUUAAGAGAAUGUAGUCCACCACCACCACGUUGUUUUGUGGAUUCUGAGCUUUUCCCUUUGUUCAUUUGAACGGUUUUUACACCAUUUCAGGGCCCUCACUGUGAGCUGUCAUCCUGGUUUCUGUUGUGUUCUUGAGCCAGUUUGAAUGUGAAGAUUAAUUGCAAUUGGCAAAAAUGAUGAGAGACUGAUAAGGGUUGUUGAACAAUUAUUAAGUACCAGGCUCUCUCUUGAUAUAAAUCAAAAUAAUGGUGGUUUCACCUGAGGAUGGGGUCCAUUAGGUGACUUUAUGCAGGGUUUAUAGAUUUCUUCUCUAUGUUUAGAGCCCUUUUAAAAUUGUAUUUACAAGUGAAAGGAUGUAAGCAUGAUUUAGGGAGUUCCUCUGAUGUGCAAGUGCUCACUUCCAAUGUCAGGCAGCCACAUAACUAAGUUCUACCCCUGUUCUUACACUUUGAGUAGAUGACCCUAAAAACCUCUUUUCAGUAGCCCCAAGUCAGACUUUUUAGAACUCGACUUAUGUCUGAAAAAAACCAAACCUACAAACCUAGAGAUUAAAAAUACUUCAGACAAACCCUUGUGGAGCCUGAUGGCUGCUGCAGCUGUGGCCACACAAAUCACAGCAGCCCAGACCAGCUGAGGUUGGAAGGAACCUCAAAAAGCUCCCAAAAGCCCCCAAAAUCCACAUCCCUGCCUCUGGCAGUGAUUUACCCUCUCAGUUUUGCCAAAGCACCUAGAAAAUGAUCUUGGUCUGCUUCAGGUCAACAGUAAAAUCUUCUGGCUAGGAUAUUUUUUUUAAAUAACUUUGAGAAGACAUUUUAGACUAAACUUCAAAACCCAGAACAUCUUCAGGAGGCUCCAAAAGUGAAGUAGGAAUGGAUGUGAGUGGGAGGCUGGGAAGUACAAACUGGCUUUGCUGCAGUGGUUUGGGAUUCCUUGGCUGCACUGAGCUUUUCCCAGUGCCCUGUUCCCACCCUGAGAGCUCUCCAAGCCUCUCAGACAUUCACCCAUCCCAAAGAAAAAGGUGAGAAUCCUGUCAAACCUUUUGGGUUUGGGAGGACUCUCAUGGUCUUCAGAUGGUUUUUAUGGGAACUACUCACAUAGUUUGAACAACUAGAGAAUAUAAUUCUUAAAGUCUAGGAGGUUUAGGUCACUAAAAUGUGAAUUUUUCUGGACCUACAUGCCCAAGGUUUCAUAGCUCCCUCACCUCUCUUAAUCCUAAAUGAAGAAGGCUCUGAAUAUCUUGCCCUGUACAUUUUUUAUGUGCACAGUGAAUAUCUCUGGAAUAACCCUUUGGAAAUUGCUUUUCUCUGCUGUUAGAUCUGUCUUCUCCCCACACUCAGUGUUCUCCUGAUUAAACAAAGCUUAAAAGCAAAGACAGGGAGUUCACACCUCUGUCAGCUCAUUGUUACUGGACUCUAAAAGUCACUGAGCAGCACGGAAAGCUCAGCUGGAUCCUGACCCCAGAGCCACUGGGUGUUUGCUUUGCUGGAUUGUGAGGGCUGAGCUUUUGUGUCUGCAGAAUCAGGGAUUAUGUCUUUGUAACCUGCCCAGACCUGAAUAAGUGGGAACAAUGUCAUUGUAGCCUUAAAUCUAUUUAUUUUUAAUUUGCUUCUUAUGCUUUCAGCAUUCAAUAUAGUGAAAAUUUUCAAUGGGUGAAGGUUUUUUUUAAGAAAACCAUCUUGCUCCAAAAGGCAGCUGUCCCUGUGGGGAGGGUAUAAAAGUUUACACAGAGAAAAGAGCUGCUGCAGUCUGUAAAAUGUCAGCUUCUUACCUGUACUCCUGGUGUGUUUGGUGUAAAUAUGCAUUUAGGAUUGUGGGUUUUAAAGAAAAUACUGCUGGUUUAUGAGCUGAAGAAGUUGCUGUAGUUUAUCCUAUAUGUCUAUAUUUCUAAGGAGGAGGAUUAGCCCCACAGGCUGUAAGUGCCCUUCAGAAAUGUGUGUGCCAAGAAGCAGAAGCAUCAGGGGUGUGACAGCAGGGGUGGCAAUUGAGGAGUAAAAUAACUUUGUUGUUGUUGUUGUUGUUGAAGAAAUGCUUUUUCACAUGGUUUCAAUAUACCCAAGGGCACAAGUCCAUAUGGCUGAUUAUUUACACACAAAGUCAUGUCAGGGAAAGGAUUUCCAUCUGGAAUUAUUACUGAGUCAGAGAAGGGUUUGGGGUUGGAAGGGAGCUUAAAUCCCAUCCAUUCCAACCCUGCCAUGGCAGGGACACCUCCCACUGUCCCAGGCUGCUCCAACCUGGCCUUGGGCACUGCCAGGGAUUCGGGGGCAGCCACAGCCAGGGCCUGCCCACCGUCACAGGGAACAAUUCCUGAUUCCCAAAAUCCCAUCUAAAUCUGUGUCAGUUUGAAUCCAUUUCCCUUUGUUCUGUCACCCCCCGCUCUGGUCCAAAGCUCCUCUCCAUCUUUCUCUUUUCUAGUCACUGUAGUUCUACAAUCAGAGCUUUAAAACAAAUGUUUUUUAAAAGUCAUGCAAAGCAAAAAAAAAAAAAUCAGAAGUCCCCAUUCCCUUGGGAUUUGGAUCCAGUGGUUUUUGAUGCAAUGCCAGAGCAUCCCAGUGAGAUUUCAGUGGGAGGGCAGCAGGUCCAUGGUGCAGAACUGGCUGCAGCCUUCCUGCCCAUCCCACUGUCCUGCUCCUUAUUGCACUCUGAGCUCUUGAACAACAACUUCAAAAAACCCCGUCAGAUACCAAAGUGUUUUAAUUUAAUUUACCUCCUGACCACCAAACCCUUGUGCACAGACAGGUAAAUUCUCCUGUUUUGCUAAUGGGAUCAAUGACCAACAGAGGG